GUGUGCUCGGUGUACGGUGCGGUCGUGUCGUGUCUCGUGCGGAAAAGUUGUGAAUUUUAGUGAAAAACCGUGCGGAACUGUUUCGAAAGCCAACCGGAGCCCGUCUGCCGUCGCUAUGGAAGUGGACUGUGAGAGGAUCCGGCGGAGUUUGCGCCAUUUGCGGGAGACAUUGGGCUGCCUGGAGGUGGAGCCGUUUUUAAGGUUAUCCAAUAUUUCCUCCCCGGACAUGGACCGAUUGGUCACUGUGCUGGGUCAGUUACUGAAAAAUCCGAUAUACACAGAAGCCAUUGCGGACGGGUUUGGGAACAUUUUGCUGCUGAUCGUGGCUAGCGCAUUUGGCGAGACGGAUUACGAAGAUGAGAAGAAGAGCCAUACAAAAACAGUGAAUCGUGAAGGACACCGACGAAAGUGCGUAGCGCUUUCAAAAUUAGUUGCACGCUGUCCGGAUGUGUUGCGGUUUAGCAUUCACUACUUCCGUUACAAUGCACCGCCGUUCGGUACGGACGAAACGGUGGAUUACACACCGACGACCAAGCAGAAGAAAGCUGAGCGAAACGCCGUUACAGAACUUGAGUUGAUCCAGUGCUGUUAUCGUUUCCUGUCGGCGGAUCCGAUCUAUUUCCGUUCGGCGUGGACUUGGUCCGAGUUUUUCGAACAGUUUAGCAAUCGGAAGGGAUGCAGUCGACAGCAGUACUACUACAAUCGGAUACUGGCACUGGUCAGCUGUAUGACGCAGAGUCAGGUGAAUAAGCUGGAUCAAGAGCUGCCACUGGAAGCCGUUGUUCGGGAGCAGUUGGAAGAGGACAGUGUGGCGUUGAAAGAUUUAAUUGUAGGAGACGAGGAGAGCAAGACUGGACAGAAGAUGCGGUGGAAUUUCCGAAGCAAUGUGGUUACAAACGUUGGGGACGUGAUGCUGCCGAUUUUCGAUGCCGGAAAUUGCGAUUUCUAUCGUGGGCAGGAGAAGGAACCGGACAAUUUGGUGGUGGUAGAUUCGACGCGGUUGAAUGUAAGGAGUUUGGCUAUGGGUGUUUCCUCGCGGAAGGCUAUUUGUCUGUCCGGACCGGUUGGAUGUGGAAAGACUUCGUUGGUGGAAUACUUGGCCAGGAAGACGGGAAGGAUUGCACCCAAGACGAAGGAAUUGCAGCGUCGGAUGAAGUCGGCACUGAAGGAGAAAAGCAAGAAGAGAAAAUCAGGAAAGUUCGAAGCAGAGUUAGAUGUUAAUUUGAAGCAGCUGAAGAAGGAAGUACCACGGAAUGGGUUCCUCAGGAUCCAACUGGGUGAUCAAACCGAUAGUAAGAUGCUGCUGGGUCAGUAUCGAUGUACAGAUACCCCAGGGGAGUUCGUGUGGCAGCCGGGAGUUCUAACGCAGGCCGUUAUGAAUGGCUAUUGGCUAUUGUUGGAAGAUUUGGAUUCGGCUACACAGGAUGUUUGUACGGUUCUGACGAAUCUGUUGGAGAACAACUACCUGAGUGUUCCUGGUUUUCGAGAUUGUCUCCGGAUCGAACCGGGCUUCCAGCUGUUCCUGACACUUCGAACGCACAAAUCCGGUGCUGGUGCGGCCCAUAACACCUACACCUUGCUGGAGAAGUAUCUGUAUACGGUGAAUGUCUUGCCUUUGGCGCGAUCGGAACUCUGUUCGAUCAUUUGCACCAACUAUCCGAGACUCAAAACUGUUGCAAGCCGCAUAGUGGACAUCUAUCUAACGUUCUCCAGUGGGUGUCACUCGAUUGAAAGUGAUGAAAUCAGCGAAAACAUUAGCAUUCUAGAGGAAGAUCACAAGAAACCUCUCAAAGGGUUCGAACAGGAUGAUGAAGACAUUCUACCGAGGUUCCAGUAUGACAACAUUUCGCUUAGUAGUCUUCCCAAUUCCGGAAGAUUGGUAUCGACAAGGGAUUUGAUCAAACUGUGUCGCAGAUCGGACCCUAACUUCUCGGUGACGAGCACGGAGUGCGCCUAUUUCGUGUUCCAGAACGCGGUGGACAUUUUCUGUUCGCAUCUGCCGGCUGGAGAAGGCAAACGGAACUUGAUCGUGAGCAUCGGUGGCAAGAUCGGGAUCAACAAAAGCCGUUGCGAUCAUCUGUAUGAAGAUUACAAGCCGGACGUCGACGUUUCUGCCGCUGAGCAGGUCAAGAUCGGUCGCGUAAAUUUGAAGCGGUAUUUGGAAAGCGAGGAGAACGACGAAAAUGAUCGGACCUAUACCCACAAGAAGAUCCGACUGGACAAGAACGCCUCGUCCACCGUUAAGAUGCAGGAUUUCAAACUGCAGAACAAGGCUCCCACAUUUUCCUUCACCCGUCCUGCUUCCUGUCUGUUGGAGCGAAUUGCCGUAUCCGUAGCGCAAAAUGAACCGAUCUUACUGGUCGGAGAAACCGGAGUCGGCAAGACCAGCUCCAUACAAUAUCUGGCCUAUCAAACCCACCACAAGCUGGUCGUGGUCAACAUGAACAACCAAUCAGACGUUUCUGAUCUGAUCGGAGGAUUCAAACCGGUUGAUCUCAGUUACGUGAUCACCCCGCUCCGCUACGAGUUCGAGUUCCUCUUCAACAAAACCUUCAACGCCCAGAAGAACGAAAAGUUCCUUACCAACGUCAGUAUCUGCUACAACCGUGCUGAGUACAACGUGCUGGUCAAGUUGAUGCUCAAAAUCACUGAAAAAGUCUUCACAAGGAAGCAAGACGAACAGCUUCGUCUGGAGAAGGUCUACGAAAAAUGGGCUACUAUUCAACAGAAGCUUCAAAAGCUAGACUCCCAGUUGCGCAACUCGGUCAACGUAUCGUUUGCCUUCAUCCCCGGAUCGCUGGUCAACUGCAUCCGCAACGGAGAUUGGGUCCUAUUGGACGAAAUAAAUUUAGCUUCCACGGAAACCUUGGAAUGUUUGUCAACUAUUCUGGAACCGGACGGCUCAAUCAUCCUCCUCGAGAAAGGAGAUUUCGUUCCAGUCAAACGCCAUCCAGACUUUCGCAUUUUCUCCUGUAUGAACCCCAACACCGACGUCGGUAAGAAGGACCUCCCGGUGGGCAUCCGAAAUCGAUUCACGGAGUUCUUCGUCGAUGAACUAGUUGCCGAAAACGACCUUCUCAUCCUGGUUAACGACUACCUCAGCAGCACAGGAAUCCAGAAGGUCCGGAUCCUCAACACCGUCAAACUCUACCGCCGCUUGCGAGGUCUCUCUCAACUGGAACUCAGCGAUGGUCUCGGAAAUAAGCCUGUCUUUUCGCUGAGAACCCUCUGCCGAGCGUUAAGCAUCUGUUCCAAGAACCUGUGCGGCUCGAUCGAGCGAAACCUCUACGAGAGUUUCUGCCUUAGCUUCCUCACCCAACUGGAUCUCAAGUCGCACAAAACCGUACUCACGUUCAUCCAGAAAACCCUCCUAAAUGACGUAACGCAAGCCAUCUCGCAGCAAAUUCCACGUCCUCCGGACGGCGAACAGCUCAACUUCGAAGGCUACUGGAUCGAGAAGGGCCCUAAGGACAUUCAGGAAUGCGAAAGCUACAUCCUUACGGAAAGCGUUCGAAACAACUUACGCGAUCUGGCCCGUAUCAUCUCGAUUGGAAAGCUGCCGGUUCUGCUCCAGGGACCGACCUCGGCCGGCAAAACCAGUCUAAUCGAGUACAUCGCAAAGCGAAGUGGCAACGUCUGCCUUCGGAUUAACAAUCACGAGCAUACCGACCUGCAGGAGUACAUCGGAACGUACGUGGCGGAUGUGACCGGCAAGCUGACCUUUAAGGAAGGUGUGCUGGUUGAAGCCAUGCGGAACGGAUUCUGGAUCAUUCUUGACGAGCUGAACCUCGCUCCAAGUGACAUUUUGGAAGCGUUGAAUCGAGUGCUGGACGACAAUCGGGAACUGUUCAUCCCGGAGACGCAGGUCGUCGUGAAGGCUCACCCGAACUUCAUGCUAUUUGCCACGCAAAAUCCACCCGGACUGUACGGAGGUCGUAAGAUGCUUUCCAGAGCGUUCAAGAAUCGAUUUGUUGAGCUACACUUUUCGGAGAUUCCUCGGGACGAACUGGAGGUGAUUUUGGAGAAACGCUGUCUCAUUCCAAAAUCCUACGCCCAAAAGAUGGUGAAGGUAAUGUCGGAACUGCAGCUGAAUCGCCGGAGCACGGCCAAACAGAAUUUCACCCUUCGCGAUCUGUUCCGGUGGGGCAAUCGGUACACUUAUGCCGAUAAGACUCUGCUGGAGAACACCAGCUACGACUGGAACCAACAUCUGAUCGACGAGGGGUAUCUGGUAUUGUCAUCGAAGGUUCGCAACCUGUACGAAACCAAAAUCAUCGAGGAAGCGCUGUAUACCCACUUCCGAAAGCGAGUUUCCGAGGAAAAUUUGUUCAGCCUAAAGAAAGGGACCUCUAUGGUAACUCGAGGAAUUCUGGAACAGCUGGAAAAGCAGACCGUCUACGAAAACAUUGUCUGGACAUUCGAUAUGCGGCGAAUGGCCGUACUAACGGCCAAAGCUCUGGAAUUCAAUGAACCGGUACUGUUGGUUGGCCCUACCGGAUGCGGCAAAACUACCAUCUGUCAGUUACUGGCGGCUAUUCGGGAUCGUAACCUGCGCAUUCUGAACUGUCACAUGCAUACUGAAGGUGCGGACUUCCUGGGAGGUCUCAGACCAUUCCGAGAUUCGGACGACUCGACGGAAAAAGACACCAAGCAGCAGUUGUUUGAGUGGUCCGAUGGGCCGCUAGUUCUCUCCAUGGCCGAAGGUGGCUUCUUUUUGGCGGAUGAGAUCUCGCUGGCUGAGGACUCCGUCCUGGAGCGACUGAAUUGUGUACUGGAGCCGGAACGAACUCUGCUGCUAGCGGAAAAGGGAGGAGUUUCGGCAGAUGCUUCCGAGUUUGUCAUCACCGCAGCUGACGGCUUCCAAUUUUUGGCCACCAUGAACCCCGGUGGAGAUUUUGGCAAAAAGGAAUUGUCGCCAGCGUUGAGAAAUCGACUGACAGAGAUCUGGUGUCGAGCCACGGAUUCCAAAGAAGAUCUCAUCCGGAUCGCUGAUCAUAUGCUGCGCAAGGGAAUCCAAAACGCCGAAAGCGAUCCUCACCAAGUUGCUCAGGUGAUCAUUAGUAUCGUAUUCGUUUUGAAGAAACAGGUCGACAAGCUGAACUUCAGCAUCCGAGAUGUCCUCGCGUGGGUUGCAUACCUGUGUAAGAACCAGCGGAACUUAUCCCUCGCUGAAUCGUUGAUCUACGGAUUGGAAACCGUAUUCCUGGACUCGCUAGAGAUGCUUCCGUACGAAACGUUCGAAGAAAUCCUCGCUCUUCGCAAGGAGAUCCUCUCCAUUCUACACCUCCUAAUUAAGGAGCAUCUCGGAAUCAAACAAUUUGAGCUCAAGCAUGGCACCGAGGUCCAAUCGGAUGAUACUACCUUCGGGAUCACACCCUUCUUCAUCGACCUCAGCCCAGAAGAACGCGAUCGUCAUACGGAAUUCCUGUUCAGUGCUCCAACAACUCAGAAGAAUCUCUUCCGACUGCUCUCGGCGCUCAGUUUAGAUAAAGCGAUCCUCUUGGAAGGUGCACCGGGAGUCGGUAAAACAUCACUAGUGGAAAAUUUAGCCCGAGCAGCCGGAUUUGCCAUCGUUCGAAUCAACCUGUGCGAACAUACCGACCUAGCGGACCUGUUCGGAACGGAUCUCCCGGCGGAUGAUCGAUCGCUGGAGAUAGCCGACGACGAUGACGAAGACCAUCAGGCUCGGAAAGACUCGAAGCUGGGAUCGUUUGUGUGGCGUGACGGGCCUUUGUUGGCCGCCCUCAAAGCUAAGAAUACCUGGAUACUGCUGGAUGAACUGAAUUUGGCUCCGCAAAGCGUGCUAGAAGGUUUGAAUGCGAUCCUCGAUCAUCGUGGCGAAGUGUAUAUCGCUGAACUGAACAAAACUUUCAAGCUGGGCACGAAGACACGGAUCUUUGCAGCUCAGAAUCCUCUGAGACAAGGUGGAGGUCGAAAAGGUCUUCCCCAGUCAUUCCUGAAUCGAUUCACCAAGGUCUAUUUGAGGAAACUGGAGCGGAACGAUUUGCUGCAUGUCGUUGAAGGGAAGUACCAGGUGAAGUUCCAGAAGAUAGGCGAGGAAUUGAUUGACGAUCUUGGAAGAUUUGCGGGCGACAAUGUGAGCUACUUCGGAGCGUUGAAAUCGACCGAGGAUGAAGCGAUCAAGUUUGAUCUCGCUCAGAAAAUGGUAAUCUUUUCCGAAACUUUGGAGACUGGAAUCGCCAAUCUGGAGUUCGGCUACAAGGGAGGUCCAUUCGAGGCGAACCUCCGAGAUAUCCUUCGAUGGUGCGAGCUAUUCUGCAACGAUCAUACUGGAUACUUCCGCAAGAAGUUCACCAACCCGGAAGAUUCGUACCACAACUUCCUGUUGGUAUUGUUCGAGAAAAUGAAACUGGUCUACUACCAGCGCAUGCGGACCGACGUCGACAAGAGUUACAUCCUGUCGGCAUUCUCGCGAGUGUUUGAAUGUGAUGCCUACGAGUUGGAGCGGCUAUCGCAGGAUAUUGGAGUCUACUGGACCGAUGAUAAGCUCUAUCUGGGCGAUUUGAUCGUGGAGAAGAUCAACCGAACGGACGAGAUGAAUCCUUUGGCUUCCAAGGCUCAGAAGAGCUUCCCGCUGUUGCUGGCAAGUCAGGUUGAAACGUUGAAAAACGUCGCCGAGUGUGUCCAGCUGGAGAAACCGGUGAUCCUGUGUGGCCCAAGCGAUUGCGGCAAAACGAAGAUCAUCAACCUGUUGACGACGCUGGGUAACAAGUUCUGCAAUGUGGACACGAUCGACGAUUCGGUGACGGGAAGCUUCCAGCAGUUUGAUUUCAACCGACAUCUGGAGGAGAUUUCGUCCAACGUGGAAGCGGUGGUGAUGGAUACGGUGAAGGAAGCCGUGCUGAGUGGCACCGCAGAAGGAAAGCGCGCUCUAGUGCAACUGAUGGCCAUUUGGGAGAAAUAUUCACGACUGAACGAUGGAAAAAUGGCCUUCACCGCACAAAACGUUCAAUCGGAAGAGCUGUCUCUGUUCCGCAAGCGUCUCGCCGCCCUACAGGACGUUAUUUCUCUUCUAACUGCUCAGAAAACCUCGGACCACGAUCAAUCUCACCUCCACUCGAUGGUUUCCGUCCUGGGAGUGCUGUUCAACAUUUCCAAACACGCGGAAACCCUUAACACCGGAGGCCACUUCGAGUGGGUCGACUCCAAAAUCGUCAAAUCCCUCAAACACGGGCAGUACAUUUGCCUGGAACAUGUCAAUCUAUGUUCGUCCGCCAUCCUGGAUCGUUUAAAUCCGAUCUUCGAACCGGACGGAAGUCUGUUGAUUUCGGAAAAGGGAGUCGACGGUAACAAUGAGUCCGAGUUGAUCCGCAAGCACGCCAACUUCCGGGCGUUCUUGACGCUCGAUCCGAAGAAUGGAGAAAUCUCUCGGGCGAUGCGGAAUCGGUGCAUUGAGCUGGCACUACAUAAGGAAGCUUACGGAGAGGACGACUUGAAGCGAUUGGUGUUUGAAAGUGGAGUCCGGGACAAUUGGUUGAUAAAUGUGAUCUUGGCCAUUCACAAGGCCGUCAAGAAGGUUUCGGAGUUCAACCAGUUUGGUAUCGCUCACAUCGUUAAAUUUGCCUACCUGGUUGCACAGAACCAGAGAAUGGGAAUGACCGCAGAGAAGUGUCUCAUGAUUAGUGCUUUGGAGGUCUACGUGCGAUCGUCCAAUACGGAUCUGCUCGGUUACGGGUUGGAUUUCUAUCGAAACGCUCUGAAGAAUGCUAUCAAGGAUGAGAUCGGUGCUAUAGUCGUCACACCAAACCUUGUCAGCUACGAAAACGUUCUACUGCGAUCGAAUCAGCUCACGAGUCUUCAACUGAUCAAGCUGCAAGCUGAACCUCUUCUGUGCAUUCUGCGGUGUCACCUAAACAGUUUCACAGAUAUCGCUGGAGCUCUGUCGGACAUUGCAACCGCGUUCCACGAGCAGAACGAAAUCAAUCUGGCCAAUUUGAAGUAUCUAUUCUACUUCCUCUACGAAACGUCUAGCUUCAAAGACGUCGAUCGCCGCAAGAUCUUCCUGGCGGAGUCGCUGAAGGCACUCGAAAACGUUCAGAAACUGGAACCGAAGAAGGAGAUCACAGCUGCCACCGACAGCUGCAUUACAAUAGACGUGGCAAUUCAAGGAACCGAAAGUCAAUGGAAAACGGCCCCCAAAGACCUUUCUGGAUAUCGAGAUCUUCAGCAUACCAAGCGGGAGAAAUUCGAGCUCGAUGAAGUUUCUUCCAUCACCAUCGACGAAGUUUUGCAGCAAUUGACCGACCUGAACCAAACACUAUUCUCCGCAGUAAACAAGUUUGGUUCGACGGGACAUCUUCCAUGGAACCGAGCACUGCUGCCGAGAAUUCGAGAAUAUCUAGAGGAUUCUACGGUUGAGCAGUACCAGUUGAGUGCUAUCCUUUUGCUGAACACAACUUUGCAAGAAAUCAAAGCAGUAAACGCUAUCAAGUUGAGCAAGAUCGAUGUCCUGUCCUAUUCGAAAGCUGUCUCCAAGGAGGUCAUCAACGAUACGGUAGGAAACAAAUUGAUCGCACAGUUGUACAACUUCUUGACCAGCUUCAAGCCGCUGAUGGAGCAAGCACUGCAGAAAGCCGUCCUCGAUCAGAUCUCCUACGCCAAGAUGAUUGGAUCGUAUUUGUGGAUUAAUCGUUUGAUAGAUCUUUCCAAUCGGAAGCUGUUCGUCAACAAGGAGAUCGACACAGCGCUAGUAGACUACAUCACGCUGCAUUUCAAGUGGAUCCAGAAACAUUGCCUAAGCCUGCUGGAUGAUCUGAGCAGCAGUCCGUUCAAAAGUCUGAACGACUCGCUGGAAGAGUCUAUUCAAAGUUCUACGCAUCCUCUUGCCAUGCAUAGGAAACUUUACUCGAAGACAUUCCUCAGCAGCCUGCCAUUCUACACAGAAGAACAAGUGGCGCACUAUCAACGGGUUAUGGAAUUCAACGAAGGCCUGCGGCUUUCACCCAGAUUGACUCGGUUGUUCGACUACGAAGACUUUCUGAAGAAGGUAGCACUGUUGAACCAUCCCAAAACGAUCGAUGUGAGACGAUCGCAACUGGCUCAUUCCCAGCAGCUUGUGACGCUGAGACUUGAUCAGCGGGAAGCCAGUGCAAGUUUGGAACAACCUGAAUAUCAACAAUUGAUCACCCUGAUACAGCAAUUCCAAGAAACGGCUAUCGAGGACUCGACCGCACAGUUGAUCGCCUCAACCGAACAGCUGAACGAAUAUCGCAAGUUUGCGGCAGCCCUUGAGACUCCCGAGGAGUACAAUUACAAAUUCCCGGUGGAAAUGAUGCCGCUGUACGAAUACUUCCUGCUGAAAUCUUUGACCGGAAAUUCUUCGAUCAACUACGACUACGUAGCGAGUGUUCGUUCACUAAAUCUAGACACGAUGUGCCUGUUGAAGCAUCUGGGUAGUUCUCAGCAUGCAUCCUUCCUGGAAAUGAGUACCCUUCUCGAUAAACUAAUCGAAUCCGGAACCGAGCAUAGCGAUCUUCUAAAAGCGCUCCCAGCUGGCUUCUACAAGAACAUUACGGCCUGCAUGCAUCAAUACCGUCGACACGUCUACAACUUCCAGUUGAACUCGUUGGCCAUCAAUCACGUUGUUUGCUAUCAGAAUGACACCGAAGCUAGCUACGAAACUCACCUGGAGGAAGUAUCCAAUCAGUCGCUCCACGGACCGGUACUGACCAGCAAUUGUCUGUCCAUCCUGCUGGCCAAUAACGGAGAGCUACGAUCGACCGGCUUGGGCGAACUCCCGGAAUGGAGGAAUACUUUGAAGACACUUCGCAAUACAAUCUGGACCAAUUCGGUUGUUUUGAGAAAGGAAUACGAUCAACACUUCGUUGGACUGGACAGAGCCGUUGGACAAGCUCGGAAACUGCUAGUAGAGUACGAAUGUGUUCAAAAAUGGUUCGAAGACAGUCAGCAGAAGGUUGAUAACGAAAAGUUUGUUGAAGACUUCAACGUUCUUGCCGAAGAACUUAAAAAAAUUGUGCAACAAUCAACCGAUCUACGAUCGAAUGUGACUUACGAAGAGCUUCGGUCCAGUGCAAACAGAAAUCUCCAGUGGCAUCUGAGCUCCGCUUUGAACUCGUUGUGCGGAGCGAUCGAGUUAAAUCUCCUAAUUUACCUGCCGCUGCUUGAUCCAGUCGAAAAGAACGCCCUGAAGAAAUCCUACACCGAUGAGGACAUACAACACUACAAAACGCUCGUCCAAGUUUACGAUUACAUGGCGAUUACCAUGAACUACCGUCGACUGGGCGAGAGCCCGAAGCAGGUAUUCAUCAGCCACCUGAACCACUUGGAAGACAAACGCAACAAACUCUGCCGGAAGGUCGCUCUACGCCCUGCGGACAACAUCUACACCGAAAUGGUUAAGGAUAUCAACAACUUCUUGAUCUCUUGUUGCUACCCGGGAACGAUCGGUGAGCUGAUCGUCAUUUCCACACAGUGCUUGAACUUUGAAGUGGACACCAAGAAUCCGAUCAAGAACUGUACCCAAACGAAAAACUUCCAACUCCGGGUGAACGAAACGAUCAAGCAAAUCGAGCUGUGGGUCAACAUUGCCGACAAGUUCGAGCACCACACACUAAAGCGUUACCAGGCGCACUAUCGAGACUUUUUGGAGCCCCUUUGCUGCUCGAUCGCUACGAUGAAGUACGGCUUGGUCGGUUUGAAGCAUUGCCUGGUCAUCAGACGGGAGUCGAUCGGGAUAAAGAGCAAUGGAGUGUUCUACGAUCUGGCGGAGAAGGAUGCCUUGACGAAGAUCCUGGAAAAGUUUGCGCAGUUCCCUGUGGUGAAGCCAAUCGCGUUGUUCGAUGAGGAAGCAAGCGGACAUAAAGUGAACGUUUAUUCCAUUCUUGAAAAGAUCGAUCAUAGUGAGAACGGUUAUUUCAGGCUGUUGAAAUCCAAACUGCAGGAUGUGAAAAAUUCAAUCACUCUCCGAGGCGGAAUCGGCGAGGAGGAGUUUGUGGACCUGGAUAAAAUCGUGAAUGUUUGUAAUCAGGUUUGGCAGAAGCAGGAGAAUUUGAGAAGGAAGAAGCAAGCCGAAGAAGAUAGUUUGUACCAGACGAAGAGCCACUGUGAAGAAGAAGAUGAGGAGGUCAUCGCGCAACGGGAGAUUGUCGAAUUGUUCCCGAACUAUGUGGAUGAAGACUUUGCUGAUUUCAUCCAGAACGAUACGCUGGAGCAAGUCAUCAAGAAGGAUAGUGUGAAGAAGAAUCAAAAGUUGGUGGAGACGAUUUCUGGAGAGGACUACACGUUGAUCUGCGAGAGCUUCAUCUAUCUGAUGAAUAAGUUCUCAAAGUCGUUCUACUACAACCCGGAGACCGUUGCGGAGCUACCGGAAGUGAUCGCGCCCGAUUUCGUCGGUCCGUUCCAAACGAAGAUUGCGAUCUUCCAACAGAUUAUGCACAAGUACAGACCGGCACUCAAUAGCAAACUGGAUGAGAGUUUCUAUCCCGGGUUGAGCUUCCUCGUUGGACUGGCUCAAGAGAAAUAUGAGGAUUUGGAUUUGAAACGAUCGACUACCAGCAAGUAUAACUUUUACAAAGAUUCCAAUAUCGGUGAAGUCGUUCAGUGCGUUGAAGUGCUCAAGAAAAUAGAAGAUCGUGUCCGGAAGCUACUUCUGGAGUGGCCGGAUCAUGCAGUACUGAAAGACAUGCUACUAAUCUUGAACCGAAUCUAUGCACUACCUUCGACGGCUCCGAUCGUACGGUUCAGUACGGGUCUACAGCUGCUGCGACAGAAAAUUGAUGAAUGGAAUAGCGUAGCUCAUCGGUUGAACAAUCUACGUGAACUGGAAGCGGACAUCGUGGACUUCGUGCACCGAUGGAUGCGAAUGGAGCUGCAAUACUGGAGGGAGUGUAUGAGCCAAACGCACGAUAACGUACGGUCGAAGGCGUACCGGUAUUGGUUCUUUAUGUACAAUCUGCUGCACGAAUAUCUGCAAAGCGAUUCGAAGGCCAAGUUGGGAAAUUUGCUGGACUACAGGAAAGUGGAACGCUGCUUUGGGGAGCAGGAACUAUUGGACGAGGAAGAAGUGGAAGAUGGAACGGUCAAGAUUGAGGACUUAAUUCACGUCCUGAAGCAGUUCAUGGAGUCGUCUAACUAUGCAGAGUUCACCACUCGCCUACGCGUCCUAAAGUCAUUCGAGCAGUAUCUGAUGUACUUGAACUUUGAAGACAAUCGCAAGAAAGAAACGCUCAUUGCUGUUCUGUACAAUUUGCACAUGUACUACGAUCAAUUCUCGGCGGAAAUCGAAGAGUACAUCCGAACGAAGCGAGCUCCUAUUGAGAAGAAACUAAAGGAGUUCGUCAAGAUCGAAUCCUUCAACAAAGAUCUCUCGUACUUUAGUAUGCGGAACAACAUUGCACGAGUCCACCGGCAGUUGCACAAAUUCCUGAAAGAGUUUGAAACAGAAAUUCGAACUAAAAUCCUUCCCGUGUUCACCCCCAAGGAUCCGGCUGCGGAGAUCAACGAUGCUGACGCGCAAAAGGGCAAAAACCUUCGGUCGGAACCCAAGAUCACCUACUACAUGGUGGACGUUAAGAACUUCAUGGCUUCACUCAAGCUGAAAGAGAAGUUCUCCGUUGCCAGCCUGUCGCAGGAAACCACCCUAAACCAGGAGCUACUGGCCAAAAUCGAUCGGUUUUUCGUAACCUCCCGUACCGUUGUGAAAGAAGCGAUCCUGCAUGCACCCUUCCCAGGGUUGAUCUACAACCUGGACACCUUCAUGUACGAUCAGAUCGAAUCCAUAGAAUACCUCCGUGGUCUGGAGGUUGAUCGUGGUCAACCAAAACCCAAGCAAAAAUCUCAAGCCAAGCAUAUACUCAACCAAAAGCGCAAGGCACUGUCGGACUUCUACAAGAGUUUAACCCAGUUGGGAUUGAGCUACCGAAGUGGAUUGGUGGAGAAUGCGAUCGAGUCCGAAUUUGUAGAUGUAACGAUUAAGCCGUUCUCCGCGAACCUACUCGCACAUAACAGCAAAUACCGCAAAGUGGAUCAGCACAUCGUGUUCCUGAACGACAAGCUCAAUCUGUACUACGCCAAGUCUGUGUUCAAGAUCAAGAUGCUGAUGAAGGUUUUGCUUCAACCGAAUCCAGACAUUGGAAGGAUCAACCUCGAAAGAAUCAAGGGAUUCGCUGUAGACUUGUUCCUGAUUGUUCAAAAUCAGCGCAAGGAGCUGGGAAAAUCCGUAGCCAGCGUGUACGAGCUGAGAGAUAGAAUCCAGGAUCUUACGCAGCUCAGCAGUUGCCUAGAGUCGACCAAACGCGAGUUCAAAUUUGGACUGUACAGAAGGAAGAUGGACAAUAUGCGAAAGUGUACGAUCAAGGUGCAAAGUGUGCUUGAGCAGUUCCAGUUGCUUCUAAGUUGUGCUCCAGCAGAAGUUCAGGAAGAGUUGAGAAUGCUGAAGGACAUCCCGGAGUUGACUCAGAAGACGAUCGAGCCUAUUCUGACAGGAGUUCGCGAUGGUUUGAAGCGAUGUGUUCAGCUUAGUGAAUAUCUAAAGAAGUGUGACGAGAACUACUUCACCGCUGAUUUCGUUCACUCCGUAGACGAGCAGUUCAACAGCCUAACGAACAUUCUGGAUCAGCUGUGCGAUCAGCUGAAGAUCAGCAACUCCGAAGAAUACUCAGUGUAUGCUCAACCGAUUUUGGAUGUAUUAAAGAUCGUUAGAUCUGCCAUCAGUGAAGAGGAACAUGCUGUUUCUGAUGAUCAUCUGGACGAAGAAAAUCUCAACAAUGAGGUGGAGAAUAUCAUCCACUCGAUUCUGAUCGCAAUGCAGCAUAUCUAUAAGAAGUAUUCGACUCCAAACCAACUAGAUCCAGCAGAACCGACCAAACAGAACGGUGACACGGAGGAAACUGAAGAACAUGAACCGGAAUCGGAACUUCAACCGCAGCACUUGAAGGAGAAGAUCAACGUUGACCUACUCCAAGAUCUGCAAACACUCAGCAUUCGUAAGGUGGUCACAAAGAUCUGCAAUCUGUUAGCCAUGUUGGAAAACACGAACCACUCCGCACCACAACUCGUAACCAUGAUUCAGAAGGUAACCCGCCUGGUACCGAUCCUGGAGCAGUUUAACUUGCUGGUUGAGUACUACUUGAUUCAGCAGCUGGGAGCGCACAAGAUCAGCACCAAAAUGCUAUCGGUUAUGCUAACUGUGUUUAUCGAACUGGGAACGAAGGGAUUCUGUGUACCGAAAGAUCUGCUGGACGAUGAACAGGAAGCGGGUGGUGAGCAGCAGGAAGGAAACGAAAGUGGAGAAAAGUUCGGUUUUGAAGAUGGUGAAGGAGAGAAAGAUGUGUCGAACAAAAUUGAAAGUGAAGAUCAGCUGGACGAUGCUAAGAAACCAGGGCAGGAGGAUAAGAAUGAGGAAGAGGAAAAAGAUAACAAGGAGGAGAAGGGUAUCGAUAUGAGUGAGGACUUUGAUUCGAAGCUUCAGGAUGUGGAAAAGCCGGAGGGUGAAGACUCAGACGAGGAUAAAGAGGACGAAGAAGAUGCUGAUAAGCAAAUGGGAGAAACCGAGGAAGGUGCAGAGAAGCUAGAUGAUCAGAUUUGGGGUGACGACGAGGAGAAGGAGGAGGAAGAAAAGGAAGAAGAUAUGGAAGAGGAAGAUGGAAAGGGCUCUGGUGAAGCGGAUGACCAGCACAACAAUUUAGAUGCUGAGAAAGAUAUGGCACCGGGAGAAGAGGAGGAUGGUUUGGACGCUGUGGAUAAGGCAAUGGACGACAAGAAAAAAGAGAAACCAAAGGACAUUGAAGACAUGAACAAUGAGGAAGGCGAGGAAGAGCAAGAAAAUCCUCAUCAUAAUGAGCUCGAGGAGCCACCGCAACCCGAGGAUAUGGACAUUGAUGAAGACAUUAAUUUGGAUAAUGAUGAUAGGCCUGAUAAUCAGAAGGACGAGGAGGAAAAUCAAGAAAAUCCAUUCGACGUUGAUAACAUGAAGGACAAGGGGGAUGAUCAGGAUGAUGAAGAAGGGGAAUCGAAAGAAGAAGUUCAGAAAGAUGGAGAUCAAGAUCAGCAAAACGGUGACGAUUCAUCGGAUGAGGAACAAGAACAGGAAAAUCCCGAUGGUGCCGACAAAUUGGACGAUAAUCAGGAGAAUCCAGAAGGUGAAGAAGAACAAGAGAAACCGGAAGAUGAAAUCCAGCAAAUACCGGACGAAAACAAAGACGAACCGCCAGCGGAGGAAGAGCCACAACCAGAGGAAGGCGAUGAUAAGAAGAAGAAACAAGACGAGCAACAUCAUGAAUCGAAGGAUAAACGUUCGGAAGAGGAACGAAUUGAAGCGAUGCCCGAUACGGAAAAUAAAGGAACCAGUGAUCAAGUGGCAAACGAAAAACCAGAGUCAAAGCAGGAGAAUGAAAUGGACGAACAAGACACCGGAGAGGAUAAGGAUGGAGUCGGACAGGCUGAGAAUGAGAAAUCCGACAGCGGUCACCAAGGCAUUGCCGAAUCGAAAGAAACCCGAACGAAGCGUGAUAAAAAUGACCAAAAGCAGCAGCAAGAGAAGCGACGACAGGGCAAUACGGAUGAAGAUAGGACACUGGGCGAUCCGGAUAAAGCUGAAAAGAAACGCUUGAAGACGGUAGACGAAAUCAACAGAGAAGAUCGGGCAAACAAGGAGGAUGAUAUCGAAGAAGAUGCCGAUAAGGAAGAAGAAUCGGAAGAGUAUCAGCACGUAAAGGAUGCUAAGCAGUCGGACAAGACUACGCUGGAUAAUGCGACGGAAGAGCAGUCGAAGAAGCUACAGCACCAAGAGAACGAGAAGCAGGAGGAUAAACCUGAUGAAGAACAAGAAGGUACAGAUGAAUUGAUGGAUGUUGAUGAACAGAAGGAAGAGUUGGAAGAAACCGACAAACAACUGCUGGAGAGUGAAAAGAACGAAAAGAAAAAGGACAAACCGGCCAAGAAAGAUGAGAACCAACGAGAGAAAAUCGAAACGUUGGAGAACGUCGAAGUCGAAGGAGAGACGGUGGAAACGGCGCGCGUGCCAAGAGGAGAGGACACUACGGCACAUACAGUCAUGGACAUUUUGAACGAUAUGACCGUACCGGAGGAACCGACCACAGCCGAAGCGCUGGAGAUGCGCAAAAUGGUCGAAAAGGAAACCUUAGCCGUGAAUGCUGCCCAACCUGAGCACGACGACUUCGACCGGUGGCAGCACAUCUCCAACAAGAUGCUUCCGAAUGCCCGGGAGCUUUGCGAACAGCUUCGAUUGAUCCUGGAGCCGACCAAGUGUACGCGGCUUAAGGGUGACUACCGAACGGGUCGUAGGAUCAACAUGAAGAAGAUCAUUCCUUACAUUGCCUCGCAGUUCCGCAAGGACAAAAUCUGGCUUCGAAGGACGAAAGCUGCCCAGCGAGACUACAAGAUCACCAUCGCUGUAGAUGACUCCAAGUCGAUGGAUCACAAUAACUCAAAGGAUCUGACCUUGCAGGCGAUUUCGCUGGUUUCGCAAGCCUUGACUCUGUUGGAAAGCGGUCGUCUGAAUGUUAUGUCGUUUGGAGAAUCACCCAAGAUUUUGCUCAAGCAUUCCGAUCAGUUCGAUGGAGCUAAGUUGAUCAACUCGUUGAACUUCGAACAGAACCAGAGCCGAAUUGCCGAGUUGCUGGACUUUGUUAGGACGUGCAACUCGGAGGAUACCUCUUCGUCGGACAAUGGUAUUUUCGAGAAUCUGCUGUUGGUUCUGAGCGAUGGUCGGAACAUUUUCAGCGAGGGUGAGAAGAAGGUGAAGAACUCGGUCAAGCUUGCCCGCUUGCAGAGGAUAUUCAUCGUUUAUGUGAUCAUUGAUAAUCCGGAAAAUAAGCACUCCGUCAUGGACAUCCGUGUACCGUUGUUCACACCGGACCGGAACCAGAUCGUGAUGCGGUCCUACCUGGACGUAUUUCCGUUCCCGUAUUAUGUGAUCGUGCGCGAUCUAGGUCAGUUGCCACUGGUUUUGAGCGAUGCCAUGCGACAGUGGUUCGAGCUGGUCAACAGUGAGCAGUAGGUGGAGUGCAUUUUCGUAAGUCAUUAUGUUAUUCUUUAUGUAGCGUCGAAAGAUGAUUUAAGUACGUACCAUGUAAAUAGUUAUUGAUCCAGUUGGAGGAACCUACUUAAUCAUAACAUGCUUCAUACAGAACAUCGAAGUUCUACUACCUACUCCCAGAGCCCGAUUAUUA